AUGGAGCACGAAGGGUACUUCCUUGCGACUGGAGGCGACGACCACCUGGAACUCCCUCCAGGCUUCCGCUUCCAUCCCACGGAUGAAGAACUCAUCACACACUACCUCGUCGAGAAGGUCGCCGACAGGGAGUUUUCCGCAAGGGCUAUCGGGGAGGUCGACUUCAACAAGUGCGAGCCAUGGGAACUCCCAUGUAAGUUGUCCUCCCCGCAACCCCGUCAUCAGUUUCACGGCAACAUCCACGGAGAGCUGAUUGCAGCAUGUCGCCGGGGGGGUGCAGGGAGGGCGAAGAUGGGGGAGAAGGAGUGGUUCUUCUUCGGCGUGAAGGACCGCAAGUACCCGACGGGGCUGCGGACGAACAGAGCAACCGACGCCGGCUACUGGAAGGCGACCGGCAAGGACAAGGAGAUCCGCGGAGGAAGGAGCCUCGUGGGCAUGAAGAAAACACUCGUCUUCUACAGGGGCAGGGCUCCCAAGGGCGAGAAGACCAACUGGAUCAUGCACGAAUACCGCCUCGACGGCAAGUCCUCCUACAGCCUCCCCAACAAGUCCUCCGAGGUAAUUCUCCUCUUCCUUGAUUCAGAUAGCUGUGCAGAUCAUUCUUGGUGACUGAUCAUUCUUGGUUGGUGAUAACCUCAAUUCGUGUUGAUGCUGUGCAGAUUGAGUGGGUGCUGUGUAAGGUAUUCCAGAAGAACUCCUCGACAGGUGGAUACGGCGACGGAGCAGAGAAGAGGGCGACCGGUCAGGUGCAGAUAGGAUCUUCCUCUUGUUAUGCGGGUGACCCCACAUCGAUGCCGUCGCUUGUGGGCUCUCAGUCCGGCAGGAGCACCUCCAGAAAGAUGUGCAGCGUCUUCAGCUCCAACCAGAAAGGCCAUGAGGAGAAACUGGUCGAAGAGUUUGCGGGUUCCGCUCUCGUGUCCAGCUCCGCCGCCACCACAAACUCUUACUCCGACAUCUCAAGGAUCCCUCCGCUGGACGGCGGUCUUAGCAGAUUUCUGAAGUCGGGGGAAGGCUGGGUGCAACUGCUGCAGAGGGAAGGGUGCGAGGUGGAAAGGGAGGGCGGCGGCAGCCAGUCGCAGGAGACGGGGCUAACGAGCGAGAUGAAUCCGGAGAUCUCGUCUGUCCUCUCCAGCUAUGAAGUCCGCAGACUCUGCUUUGAAGGCCACGCCGUUCCCCCGGCUCUCUCUGGCGGUCUGCCCCUCGAUGACUACAUGUGGAACUAG